AUGACCGCCAUCGCCAUCUCACCCACCCAGACAUUGCCAAAUAUGAUGCCCGACUACGAGAUUAGACUCCUGCUCAAUCCAGCCGUGGUGCUUAGUCCUAAACACAAGCUAAUGGACACCGUUCUAUCUGCCUUCGAGAUUUCCCCGACCGUCACGAAGCUAAAUGUCCAGUUCCUCGACACGAGCUCUCAGGAGCUCUUUACCGCGGACUGGAUCGCCCGUAUUCGUAAGACCGAAGGCCAAAAUGACCUCGAGCUGACGUAUAAGAAGCGGUAUACGAUUACGGAUAGUGAUAUUGACGCCGCUCUUACUGCUGCUAAUAUCGAUGGUUUUAAGGCUGGCAACACAAAAUACGAGGCGCAAGUCGAAUGGGGUUACCAGAAGAAGACACUUUCUAUCAGUCGCAAGAAAACUGUACCGGAUCAUGGUAAUAGCGGGAUGGACCUACCGGGGACGAGCAACUCGCAGAAAAUGCUGAUCGCCGAAGCGCCAGACAAGUUCGAUGAUUGGAAGCCUAACAAAUGGGGCACCGGGUUGUUAGCGGUAUCGCGUAUUUUUGGCCCGGUCCUCACUAGGCGCUCUAUUGGCAAGUGGAAGAGGAUGAAACUAUACCUCGAGGUCUGGCCCCUCCCUGACCUCGCGGGUACUGGAUACGAGUAUGUCGUCGAGGCGUCUUUUAAGACGGAGAGCAUUACGGAAGCCUUAGUUGAGCAGAGAAACCUAGCCGCCUUUUUGCAGAAUAAGGGUUGGUUGCUCCCACAUGAUUCACUGAAGACGCAGCUCAUUAUGGAGCGCUGCUAA